AUGCGCAGCACAAAAGAGUUAAGUCAGUGGCUAGAGGCUUGUGGACUUAACCAAACCCCUUGGGCUUCUGAUCCAGCCGAUUGGGCAACCUUAUUAAAUUUAUUAACGAGAUUGUUACAUUCUACGUUGGAACUUAGGAUUAAUGCUGAAGAAGAGAAAAAACGAAAAGAAGCAAUAAAAAAUAAUGAAAAUCAGGAGGAUGAAGAGAUUAAUGAAAGGGAAGAAUCAGAAUCUACUUCACGUCAGGAGGAAGAGGAGGACCAUCAAAAAUUAUUGAGAAGUCCGUCAACGGUAUAUCCGGGCACUCAACUGCCGUUUCAAGAGGCCCUAGAACUUGCAGAAAAAGUGUUAGGAGUUCCUCAAUUUACUGUGAUUGCAGACAUGAAAAAAAGUUUGGCUGAAGAUCAGUUAGCACUCUUUGUUUCAUUUUGUGCUUUGAGAUAUGCUGUUGAACAUGUUGAUACUAAGCCUAUACAUGAUUUUCAAUUUACUUUUCGUAUUUAUUUUAAUAUGGAUUUGGAUGGAAGUAAAAGGGAAUGUAAUACUUGUGGUAAUAUUGUUCACCUAAUUGAAAGAGUAACACUAAUUGGACGUAUAUGGCAUAGAGCAUGUUUAAAAUGCUCUUUGUGUGGUCGACAACUUUAUAGGGGUGCUUUCUAUUUACUUCAUUUUUCCGAUGCCUCAAUACGUAUGGAAUGUGUGGAACAUGGAGCUAAUACUAUUUUGUUUGGGGACCCUAAACACAGACUAGCAUUACCACCACCCUUACCUCCUCCAAUCACUUCUUCACGUUUAUCAUUUAUUGGAUCAGAAAAUAUGUUAAAUAAAAGAGCCUCAUCACUACUUUCUUUGUCUUCGCCUCCUCCCCGCCCUCCACCUCCACGUCUACCAAGCAUCGAUGCAGUCAAAAAACAUACAAAAUCAAACAUAUCAGAAGAAAAAGAUUUGAAGGAUUCUUCUACUUCAAAAGAGGAAGAAGAAAGCAUUGAAAGCAAAAUUGCUUUAGCUGCGGCUGCGUGUCAUGAUGCCCCAAUUCCCAAACCUCGUGUAUCGUUGCAACAAGCUUGUAAUAAACAACAACAACAAAAAAAUGGGGAAAAGACUUGGGAGAUAUUGGAAUACCCUUCAGAAUUAAAUCCUUUUGGUUCUGAUGAUGAUGAAGAGGAUGAAGCAGACGAAGAAAAAGAAGAAGACAAUUCUCUUAAGGAGUCCAAGGAAUCUCAAAAGGAAAAUUGUGAUAAAAAUGGUAAAGAGACAGAGAAAAGGCCAGUUUCUGUUAUUAAUCCAUUUGAUGAUACUGAUGAAGAAGAGGAUUUAAAGGAAGAUGAGGAAAUGAAUGAAUCUUUAUCUUGUUCACCUUUGCCCAAAAUUGAAGAAGUCAAAGAACAAGAAGAAAAUCUUCAAUCACCUACUAAUCCUUUCGAUAAAAGCGAUGAUAAAACUGAGGGGGAAGAAGAAAAGUGCCCUCCAAAAGUUAAACAACGCCAACAGCAACAAAAUAUUCAUUCACCUCCCCCACCUCCCCUUCCACCUUCUUUUACACCUCAAAAUCGCCCUACAAGUGAAAUUAUUUCUUCUACAAGUUGUGCAUUCCAAUCAAAUAAUAAUCAGAAUAUUCCUCAAAAAUCGCCAAACAAUUUAUUCGAGAAACCAAAAUGUUUUCAGUACAUUCCCCCUCUUGGACCGAUGCCAUAUAGAACUUGUGUUGAAGUUAAGCAUUUUUCUGAUAAAAUUGAGGACGAAAAAUCUUCGUCUUCAGAUCAUUCACUUUUGCACGAAUUAGACACAAAAUUGAGGAGGUUACAUGCACAACUUGAUCAUUUAGAAAUUACUGGGGAAAGAUUGGAAGGGCAAAUUAUUAGAGAAUUAAAUAAAGAGGAUUGCCAAAUCUGGAGAAAAAGUGGAAAAAGGUUGGCUAGUGAAUAUGCCAAAAUUGUCGAGCAAAGAUGUGCUGCUUUGGCAAUGGAGGCUAUUUUGGUUAGAAGGUGAAUAAUAAAUUAAGCCUUUCAAAUUUUUUUAUACAUAAUUCGGCUUUUUCUAAAUUUCCAAAAGUUGGUUGUUUAAAUAAUUAGUCAAAAUGUCUGAAUAUCCAAAAUCUGCAAUACUUUCCAUUUUUCAAUUUCAAUUCUUACUUUUCUUAAUAUUCAAAUCAAAGAUAUUUAUAGCCUAGGGUCAUUUCCAAACGAAAUUUUCCUUUUUCAACUCGGGAAAUUUUGGGUUGACUCGCAACUCUUCCCGAGACAUAGUGAAGGGUUAUUUACCAUGGAAAAAGUUGCUCCAACAUCGGGGGAUGUUG